AUGAAAAUGGCGAAAUCGACAAUUCUUUUGCGGCAAUCAUUAUUGCCUAGUCGCCGACACAUCACAUCAACAUCACCACGAAGAUCCUCAACAUCUCCUCAACGGAUGAAGCCUGCAGUUGCGCCUGCUGCAGCUGUUUCCUUGAAGCCUUUCACUGAUAUACCUGGACCUAUUGCUCUGCCUGUGCUGAGGCACUCUGCUCAUGUAUUACCUAGGAUAGGCAAUUUCCACCACUCUGUAGGCUUGGGUCUACUUGAAGGUCUUCGCGACCGGUAUGGAGAUUUGGUGCGACUCGCGAAGGCUUCCAGAACCAGGCCAGUUCUGUACGUGUUUGAUCCAGAACUUAUGCGAGAGGUGUAUGACAGUGGAGUAACAGAACCGCCUAGAUGGGAUCGCUCGCCUCUCAAUCAUCACAGGAAGGGAAGGUCUGACUGUACUUUUCAAGGAGAUGAAAGUAAAGCAGUUUGGGUCGCUAUCAAAGCUCUACUACAGGAUAGCUCACUGCUUCAACGUUACAACCAGGUCUUCGACGAUAUCGCCGGUGACGCAACAAGGAGGUUAGGAGAACUUCGCCACGCCGAGAAUGCUUUGAACGAAGAGUUGGAGACAGAGGUCUAUCGUUGGGCUCUGGAGACGAUCGGAGUGAUGAUCUUCGGGAUAAGGCUGGGCUGUCUGGACGGCAUGGUUCAUGUGCCCACUCCUAAUAGCAGGAGUCCAGAAAAGACAUCGUUGGAGGAUGACGAUGUGCCAGAACAGUGUUCGCUCUCGAAACGUGGGUUGGAAGGAUUGAAUCUGGCUGAGAAACUGAUUAGGUGUUCCAUUAAAAUUACCGACAGCAACUACCUGGUGCGCAGCGAAGGUACCCUGAGGACCGACUCCCAAGUCUUCAAUGAUGCCUUGAAGUUAAUCGAUGACCAUUACAGAUUCACGGAACAUUUUCUGGGUAAAGCAUUAUCCGCCUUAGACUCUGGGCAAGUGAUGCCUGAACAAGCAUUGCUGGACCGACUUCGACCCUUGAAUGGAAGAAUACUGCCUUUGGCAUCUGACAUGCUGCUUGCUGGCACUGAACCGCUCGCUCACACUGCCCUCAGUAUGUUCUUCCAUCUCUCUCUACACCCUGCACAGCAGCAAAGAGCUCAUGAUCAAGUUAUAUGGGCUACCGAGUCCAAACAAGCAGGCCUGGAGAGUCCGGAACUAUCUUAUAUAUCAGCCUGUGCUAAAGAGGCACUUAGAAUGCAUCCAGUAACCGGUGGUGUAGUGAGAAGGAGCAAGCAGGAGUUGGAAGUUGGUGGAUAUGAGAUUCCUGCUGGGGUUGAUAUAGUUUUGGCGCAUGGCAUUACGAGUAAAUCGGAAAAAGAAUGGGGCAGAUCGAAAGCUUUCAUCCCCGAGCGUUGGUGCCAAGAAGGUUGGGAGCCAAUAAAAGCAUCCAAAGCGCAUCCACUGGCAUCUCUACCGUUCGGAGAAUCUUGUCCAGCGACCGGCAUCGUAGGCAAAAUGCUAGAAUCUUUGGCAACUAGAGUGCUUGACAAGUACAGAUUGGAAUGGCACGGUCCACAACCGAAGAUAACCACAUCCGGCAUCAAUAAGUUGCAAAAGCCUUAUUAUUUUGUACUACAGAAUGCCGCUUAA